CAAUUCACCACCAACCUAUGCAGAGUUUUUUUUUCCUUUCAGCCACAGUGGUUUUGGAAGAAAAAUUAUUAAAAAUUUGGAAAAUCAUAUGUAAAUCAUCCGUAUUCGAUAUUUUUGAAAAUUAUUUUGAAAAUUCAUUUCGUUUCGUUGCAUCGGUUUGUUGGGUAAAAAAGUUAGCGGGUGACGUGAAGUGAAAGCAUUUAAACACGCUGACACCAAUACAUUUACACACGAAAGCGAAUCGUGUAUUCGGAGCUGUCAUUCAUAUUGCCUUUUCAUAAGUGUAUUUUUAGGAGACCGUAGCGGUGUGGCAAAACUAGCAUACGUUCAUCGAAGUAUUUCAAGAGUUCCAGUGAACAAAAAAAAUCCAGCAAAAUGCUUGACCAAGACGAUUAUGAUCCUUAUGACCGUGAAUAUUUGGACUAUGAGGAUAGCCAUACCGGCGAUCCAAACCUUGAUUUGGAAUAUGAACGCAGCAUGAAUAUGCCAAAAGUUCCCGAUAUUGUGAAAAACUUUAUCGAAUACUUUCGCAGUGUGAUCAACGAGGGUGUUGUUUACGAGAUUCAGAAUUUGUAUGAAAACACGUUCCCAAAGUUGAGCGAGCAGUAUUACGAUAAGCGUGCAUGGCCAUCGGAAAAUCAAAUUGCCGAUAUUGUUGGCAACGACGAAGUAUUUUUGACGCUGUACAAGGAAUUGUACUUCCGUCAUAUUUACGCUCGCAUCCCAGAGGGUCCAACCAUUCAUGAGCGUGCCGAUUCGUUCUUCAACUAUUGUAGCUUCUUCAAUUUGAUUUUGUCGGCACCGCAACCCGUGCAAUUGGAAUUGCCAGACAUUUGGUUGUGGGAAUUGCUCGAUGAGUUUGUGUAUCAAUUCCAAAACUAUGCGCAAUAUCGUGCACGUCUCAAUGAUAAAUCCGAAGAGGAGCUCGACAUGUUGAAGCACACCAAUCACUGGACCAUUUUGUGCAUUUUGAAUGUGUUGCAUUCGCUGGUCGAUAAAUCCAAUAUUAAAUUGCAAUUGGAGGUGUCAGCAUCGGGCGGUGAUCCAGAAUCGGUUGCCGGUGAAUUUGGCCGACAUUCAUUGUACAAGAUGUUAGGCUACUUCAGUUUGGUGGAAAUGUUGCGUUUGCAUUCAUUGCUCGGCGAUUAUUAUCAGGCCAUUAAGGUGUUGGAACCAAUUGAAAUUCACAAGAAGAAUCAAUACACACAUAUUCCAGCAUGUCAAAUUUCAACAUCGUACUAUGUUGGCUUUGCAUAUAUGAUGAUGCGUCGCUACACCGAUGCCAUUCGCACAUUCAGCUCAAUUUUGCUGUUCAUUCAACGUACCAAGCAAUUGUACAGCACCCGAUCAUAUCAAAAUGAUCAGAUCAACAAACAAACCGAGCAAAUGUACCAAUUGCUUACCAUCUGCUUAGUUCUUCAUCCACAAUGCAUCGAUGAAUCCAUUCAACAGGCAUUACGUGACAAAAACUACCACGAAAGCAUGUAUCAAAUGCAAUGCGGUGACUUGGAUACGUUCCGUAAUUUCUUCAUUUUCGGUAGCCCGAAAUUCAUUUCGCCAUGCCCACCACCAAACGAUGCAACCGAAGGUGAUUUCGUCAAGCAGCCAAUGGAACAUCAAACACAAGUGUUCAUGGACGAAGUUCGGCAACAACAAGAAUUGCCAACCAUUCGUUCAUACUUGAAACUGUACACGACGUUGCCAUUGGAAAAAUUGGCGGCAUUCAUGAACAAAGAGCCGGCUGAACGCGAUAUCAACAAUUUGUUGACGCAUUUGUUGUGCUUCAAGCAUAAAAUGAAGAAUCUGGUGUGGUCAGAGGGUUCAAGCGGUUUGGAUGGUAAAUUUGUAUCCGGUUCAGAAUUGGACUUUUACAUUGAUCUGGACAUGAUUCAUAUUGCUGAUACGAAGGUGGCCCAUCGCUAUGGUGAAUUCUUUAUUCGUAAAAUUUUGAAAUUCAGUGAUUUGAACCGACGCUUGCACAACCUCAAAAUUUAAACUACAUCAACAACAAAAAAAAAUAAUCCCAUAUUAUUCCACUGAAAACGAAACAAAAAUUUUCUGAAUCCAAUCUUUGCAUACAAACCUUUGUUCACAAUUUGAAAGAAAA